AUGGGCAAGACCAAGGUUGCGGACAAGUCGUCCAAGAAGGACAAGAAGUCCGAGGUCGCCGCCGUCAAGGCCGGCCGCGUUACCAAGCCCGCUGCUACUCCCAAGUCGAAGAGCAAGGACAUUGCCAAGUCAGUUGCUUCCAACAUCAAGGACAAGAAGAAGUCGAAGAAGGCUCCUACCCCAGAGCCUGAGUCUGAUUCUUCGUCUGAGAGCGAGAGCGAGAGCGAAGAAUCCUCUGAGAGCAGCAGCGAGGAGGAGGUCGUCGAGAAGAAGACUCCUGCCAAGGCUGCUCCUAAGGCCGCUGCUAAGGCCGACUCCGAUUCUGACUCGUCCGACAGCAGCGAUGAGGACAGCGACAGCGACAGCAGCGAGGAGGAGAAGCCUGCCCCCAAGGCCGUAAAGAAGGCCGCGGCCAAGGCUGAGUCCAGCGACUCUGACAGCGACUCCGACAGCAGCGAGUCUGAGGACGAGAAGCCCGCCGCUAAGGCUGAGGCCACCUCCACCUCCGACUCUGACGACUCCUCUGACGCCGACUCCGACGACUCUUCUGCUUCCGAGAGCGAGGAGGCUCCCUCCAAGAAGCGCAAGGCUGAGGAGGCAGCUGCCCCCGCUAUCAAGAAGACCAAGACUGAGGAGCCCGCCGCUGAGGAGGGUGUCAAGAACCUCUUCGUUGGUAACAUGAGCUGGAACAUCGAUGAGGACUGGCUCCGCCGCGAGUUCGAGGGCUUCGGUGAGAUCGUUGGCUGCCGUGUCAUCACUGACCGUGAGACUGGCCGUGCUAAGGGUUUCGGUUACGUCGAGUUCGCCAACGCUGCUGAUGCCGCCAAGGCCCAGAAGGAGAUGCACGAGUACGAGCUUGACGGUCGUCAGCUCAACGUCGACUUCAGCACUCCCCGUGCUAAGCCCGAUGCCGGCGGUGCCCGUGCCAACAAGUACGGUGACAAGCGCAGCCCUCCCAGCAACACUCUUUUCCUCGGCAACGUCUCAUUCGAGUGCUCCAACGAGAGCAUCCAGGAGGUUUUCCAAGAGUACGGUAACAUCACCCGUGUCUCUCUCCCAACCGACCGCGACACUGGUUCCCUCAAGGGUUUCGGAUACGUCGACUUCGGCUCCCAGGAGGAGGCUACCGCCGCUCUUGAGGCUUUGAACGGCCAGGAGAUCGGUGGCCGUGCCAUCCGUAUCGACUACGCUCAACCUCGUGAGGACAACGGU